CCGCGAGUGUUGAUCACUUUAAUGCAAACAGAGAAAACGAAAACACAAUAAGUGUGAGAAAAGAGUCUCUCUCUUGAGUCUUUAAGUCAUGCAGCUCAAAUCAUCAUCACCAUCUUCUUCUUCUUCUUCUUCAUCAUCAUCCAUGAAACUCAAAACUCUAAUCCAAAACCUCCUCACACACCCUCUCUACCGUUUCCUAAGAGCUCUUGCGAAAGCCAAAUCAAUCUUUCUAGAGAUCUCAAAACACAACAGCAACAACAAGAAACGAAAACUCAUGAUGCUUUUUCCAACAAAGGCUUCAAAGAACCAACGCAAGAUCUUCUUCGGAUCUUUCAGAUUGCAUUACAACUGGUGUUCCUCUCAUGUUGUUCCUGUCCCUCAACCGUUUCCUUUCCCUUCUUCUUACAUCAAUGGUGAAGAAGAAGAUGAUUCUCAGCUUUCUGGCUACCUCGAGUGGCUUGAACACAAGAAGUUCGAUGAUGUGGAAGAGAUCGGAGAUGUUGUAGCUGAUGGUGGUGAUGACGAUAUUGAUCAUUUGGCGGAUAUGUUCAUCGCUAAUUGCCACGAGAAGUUCUUGCUCGAGAAAGUUGAAUCUUACCGGAGAUUUCAAGAAAUGUUAGAAAGGGGUUUGUGAAUUAUCAGAGGUGAAACAUAGAUUUUGGGUCUUGUCUGAUUAAUUGAUAAUCAUGUUGUAAAAUCUUAGCUAGUUUGAUUUGAUAAUAUACAGUACCACGAGGUCGUGACAUGUGUAUCUUGAAAGUUUUGGGGGGUAAUGUACGAGAAGUUGAAACUUUUGGGUUAUUAGUGAAACAUUUGAUAUUGUGAAAACAAUAAUUAUUGUUGUCCAUCUAAUUGGGCACAUCUCUUAAGUUGUGAG